AUGCCCCGCUCCCGCAAGGGCAGCGCGCCCCGCAAGGGCGGCCCGCGCCGCAGAGGCGGUGCUCAGAGCAGCGCCCAGGCGGACUCGGGCUCCAGUGAGGACGAGGCGGCCAGUGAGGCCCGCAGCACCACCAGCGACUGCCCCAGCCUCGCCAGCGCCUCGGCGGAGGACGGCCUCGGGGGCGAUGCCGUGGACGAGCAGGGCCAGCAGGAGGAUCUGGAGGAGAAGCUGAAGGAGUACGUGGACUGCCUCACCGAUAAGAGUGCCAAGACGCGGCAGGGCGCUCUGGAGAGCCUGCGCCUGGCCCUGGCCGCCCGCCUGCUCCCCGACUUCCUGCUGCAGCGCAGUCUCACGCUGGCCGACGCCCUGGAGAAGUGCCUCAGGAAAGGGAAGGGCGAGGAGCAGGCGCUGGCCGCCGCCCUGGGGGGCCUGCUCUGCGUGCAGCUGGGGCCGGGGCCGCAGAGCGAGGAGUUGUUCCAGGGCCUGCAGCCCCUCCUCGUGUCCGUGCUCACCGACCCCACCGCCAGCCCCUCCGCCCGGCUCCACUGUGCUUCUGCUCUGGGCCUGGGCUGCUACGUGGCUGCCGCUGACAUCCAGGACCUGCUCUCCUGCCUCACCUGCUUGGAGGGGGUUUUCGGCCGGCCCUGCAGUGCGGGCGGCUCCACAGCCCCUGCCAACCUGCAUGGCGUGUUCUGUGCCACCCUGCAAGCCUGGGCAUUGCUGCUCACCAUCUGCCCCAGCAGCCACCUCAGCCACAUCCUGGACAGGCAGCUGCCCCGGCUGCACCAGCUCUUGUCCAGUGAGACUGUGAACCUGCGGAUUGCCGCCGGCGAGACCAUCGCGCUGCUCUUUGAGCUCGCCCGGGACCUUGAGGAGGACCUGACCUACGCGGACAUGGACGCCCUCUGCGGCGCCCUGCGCACGCUGGCCACCGACAGCAACAAGCACCGCGCCAAGGCCGACCGCCGGCGCCAGCGCGCCACCUUCCGCGCCGUGCUGCACUACGUGGAGGGCGGCGACUGUGAGGAAGAGACCGUCCGCUUCGGCCUGGAGGCGCUCUACGUGGACAGCUGGGCCCGGCGCCGCGUCUACGCCGCCUUCAAGGACGCGCUGGGGUCCGGCCUGCACCACCACCUGCAGAACAACGAGCUGCUCCGUGACGUCUUCGGCCUGGGCCCCGCGCUGGUGCUGGACGCCGCCGCCCUGAAGGCCUGCAAGGUCUCCCGCUUCGAGAAGCACCUGUACAACGCAGCCGCCUGCAAAGCGCGGACCAAGGCGCGCAGCCGCGUGCGGGACAAGCGGGCGGACGUGCUGUGA